AUGAAUGGCAUUUGCCUCGGCAGGACGAUUCGGCCGCCACACCCGGGGCCACCGAAUCACACCUACUCCACCAGCCCAAUCUGCAAAACGCACGGAAGUCGAACGGCUUUUGCCGUGCUCGAGCUCGGAGCUCUGCCAAAGGUGCCCGCCUCUGGUGGCCACACCCUCAACCAGAUGUGGUGGAAAGGCGUCCCCCCGAAGUCGAAGCUUCCGGUCAGCUUGGAAGCGGGCUGGUUGACUACCGACCUGACCGGCAUUUCCGAUGCGAGGAGCAGCCAGAGCAUGGGAACCAGGCUUUUCGUUUACUCGACGCCCAAUGCAUACUUACCAACGGAUGACUGCGAGGGUGGCAACGGCUUCGACCAUUGGGGUGGCUUCGUCCACUAUCCCGGUGGACCUGCCCUGGGCGUAUAUACCGUCAACAAGCUUCGAUCCGUUUUCCUGUACAAGACCGUCGGUUCGACUGAGGGGAUGCCAGAGCGGGUGGAGUUCUACCUCGCAAAGCUUGGGAAAGAUUAUCGGAAGCCUAGAUCUGUGGCCAGCACACGGCACCUGGUGGGUUAUUGGCCUAAGAGCCAUUUCUGUCAAGGCUUCCCGAAGCACGAAGACCUUCUGCUGUACACAGGGCUUGAGGUCUUCGUGCCAUCCCAGUGCCCCGGAAUGCCUCGCACGGCUUCCGGGCGGAUCUUGGGAUGGGGCACGGAGUGGAACGCGGGCGAUCCAGAAUUCUACCCGAUGCUCAAGGAUGACGGAAGCGCGACGGUUUUCCUGGCAACUGCGAAGCAGGAGUGGCAAGCAUCGGUGGGUUACAAUCGGAAGUGGAAGGCGCCUUUCGUGGACUUCUCCGGCAUCUAUCGGCCGGUCUCCUGUGUGGUGCCCGGGAAGCUGCCCUGCGAGGACAUUACCUGUCCAGGGUUUGUCAAGUAUUCUUCAGGCUUAGAUGAUGCGAAGCAAGAGUUUGAGAGCCCUCAGAGCUACAGUUUCGGGGCGAUGGGCUUGAGCCGGCCCAUCGAGGCUUUGUGCGGCAUUGAUCGGCGCUGGGGGGUGGAAGCUGCGCAUGCAUCGCGCGAGAUGCAUCGUGCCAUGGUGUACCUCAUUGCAAUUGCCAUUGUUGGCUUUCCAAGUGUGGCCGCAUUCCGUGGCCAGAGUCAUGUCCAGGCGUCCCUGACCGUGAACCAAAGCACGCCGGAUCUGGGUCUUGGCAUUGCUGCCGUCAGCAAGUAUGCCGGUGGUAAUUGUCAGUUCAUGCCUGCCUUUGAUGUUGCGGCGUUCUUGGUGGAAGAGGCACCAGCUGCAGCGAAAGGCGUGGGAAUGCUUGCCAAGCCUGCCGUGACCGCCGUGCAGGUGGCUGCCAAGGUCGCAGGAGAAGUAGUUCCAGGAGCAGGAGCUGCUGCGAACGUCGUGUCCAAGGGUGUUAAGGCUGCAGGCGUCGCUGGUGCAGUCGCCAAGGGAACUAAGACUUUGACUCUUGCCUCCAAGGCAGGCUUGGUUGGCAAAGUCGUCGGUGGCGCCUUGUCAUUGAGCAAUCCUCUUGGCAUGGUCUGGACGGCCUUCAACGUCGGAACAACAGCGUAUCAGCUCUAUGAGCUUCAAAAGAUCAUGCGAGACCCACAUCAGCUCUGUGAGGUCCUCUCCGACUGGGUCCCCCCUUAUGACCAUGCCGCAUGCCUCAAAGGCCUCAGCAAAAACCUUCCGGGACUCCAACUCCCACCCAACAUCCCUGACCUCGACUUGGCUCUUCCAAAUCCCCCUUCCCAACUUGCGGUGGCCAAGAUCGACAAGAAGGUGGCCCUGGCGGCGGCUGCUGUUCUCAUGGCCUCUACAGGUGCCUUGGCCCUCUGGCACCACAGCCUCCACUCCGUGGCCUAUGAUCGCGCCAUUUGCCCAAGAGAUCUUUGGUUGGAGGACCCUAUGCUCGUGGACUGGUACACUGAUGACGCCAGCAGUUCCUCGGGCUCCUCAGCGUCCAUGGAGGAGGACAGGGAGCGGGAGGAAGAGGACAUGCUGGGAUUCUCAAGUGCACCGAUGCCGAGAUGCAAUGGUCUCAGGUGGGUCUCCGUGCCAACGCAAUGCUCAGCAUCGGACCUCGCGUGCCAGCAACGAAGUUGCCAGCAAGCAUGCUGCGACGACGAGAGGUGUUCUCUCUACCAGUUUGACACCAAGUCGGUCGGCAAGUGCUGGCUGGGUGAGUCCUCGCAGUUUACGGCCGAGAAGUGUGAGCAAUGGGUGGGGAAAGUCAAGGAUCAAGGGGGCUUUCAAGAGGAUCCCAAGCUUUUCGUGCAAGUCAUGGGACUCAACAAGGUGCCAAACUCUGCUUUGGAAGCUGCAAAGCCGAAGAGCUGCGGCAUGCGCCCUUUGAGUGCAGAUGCCUGCGCGGCAUUGACUUGCGAGGAUCUCUGCAAGGAAGAGACAGAUUGCCGCUUCUAUCAGUUGCGCGUCGGUCGUGGGGAAUGCUGGCUGAGUACAGCUGAGCUUCCGAGCCAGGCCCCAGAGCCGAGUUGGCAUGGCGGACUGCUGGAUGCAGUAAAACAAUCGCAAACGGACUGCGAGGGCGGCUUCCUUUGCCCAUCGGACCAGAAGUGUGUGGAGAGCUGCGCGGCGUGUGCUGGCUUCAUGCUGGGUGCCGAGAAUGAGAAGCGUUGCCGGCGCACGGCCGAGGAAGGUAUCUGCGACCCGAACAGCUGGGAGAAGGACUUUGAGGGAACUGCCCUGGAUGCAACGCAGUGCCAGGGUCUCAGCCGGGUGGUGGUGAAGAUGUCCGAGGCGACCGGUUUCAAUGGCCACGCUAUUUGCCAGGAAGCCU